AUGGGAUUUUUUCAAGGAAUUAAAGGUUGUGCAUUAGCACAAUAUAACUGGUGGCCAACAUUUGUCAUUAUAUUUUAUGUUCUUUGUCCAAUUCCAUUAGCAAUAGGACGCCGAUGCACAUCAGAUAGUGCUUAUGGUACAAGUGAUUCAAGUCCAUGUACAGAUUUAAUGUGGUUUAUAACAAGUGCUAUUGUUAUUUCAGCAUUUGGUUUACCAGCUGUUCUCUGUCACGCAGGGGCGAUUCAUGCUGGUUCAAUGGCAUUUAUAAUGGCAGCUAAUCUAGUUAUAUUUACAACGAUUACAAUUUAUUUCGUAACAUUUGGUUCAGAUGAUAGUUUACCCAGUUUUUAA